AUGCAGGAUACAAUUGAAGCAGUAUUAGACGAUUUUCGUCAUGGACAUUUUGUACUUGUUAUGGAUGAUGAAGACCGUGAAAAUGAAACUGAUUUGAUUUUGGCCGCAGAAUUUAUGACUUCAGAAAAAAUGGCAUUUAUGGUUCGGUAUACUACCGGAAUUAUAUGUGUUCCUUUGCCUUGUCAACGUUUAGAUCAAUUAAAGAUUCCUUUAAUGGUUAAAUCUUGUGAAAAUACAGAAAAUAUGGGAACAGCAUUUACUAUUCCAGUUGAUUUUAAAGAUACAUCAACUGGUGUUUCAGCUCAAGAUCGUGCAUUAACUGUUCGUAUGUUAGUGGAUCCUUCGAUUGUAAAUCCUCAAAUGUUUCGAAGACCAGGACAUGUUUUUCCAUUAAAAGCAAUGGAACGAGGGUUAUUAGAUCGACAAGGACAUACAGAAGCAGCUAUAGAUUUAUGUAGGUUAAGCGGAUUAAAAAUGGGUGCAGCAAUUAGCGAACUAAUAAAGGAAGACGGAUCAAUGGCACGCAGAAAAGAUUGUGAAAUAUUUUCAAAAAAAUAUGGGAUUAAAAUGAUUACAAUUUCUUCAUUAGUAAAAUAUAUAUCUGAUGGACGUUUCUAUGACAACUGUUGCUAAGGAUAAUAAAAAAAAAUAUUAAUAUUAAGAUGCUUUUAUUUUUACAUAAUUUAUCAUUUUACAGCCAUUUUUUUAGGCGUGAAAGAUGGUAAUUGAUUGUAUUAACCGUCUGAUUUUUUCGAGUCUUUAAAUUUAUUUAUUUAUUUAUUUAUUUAAUUUAAAAAAAAUAAAAAAAUACCUUUU